UAGAGUGUCAUAUUCGUUCCAAUAUCAUGAAACGGUGUUCUCGGCCAUCCUGUGGGCUCCUUGUGAUGCUCUUUCUUGUUCUCCUAGCCAUGCCAUAUGAAGAGGUGGGAGUUAGGCGAUGCGAGGGCAGGGUUUGCGAGUCACAAAGCCACAGGUUCCAUGGGACAUGCAUCAUUGACCACAACUGCGCAGAGGUUUGCCGCAACGAAGGCUUCACCGGAGGCCACUGUGUUGGGUUCCGUCACCGCUGCUUUUGCACUAGGCACUGUUAAUUUCAUAUGCUUUUGUUGUAGUAAUAAAUUAGGUUUAUACUAGGAUUGUGAGUAUGCAUGCUUUUCAUUUCGUGUUCUUGGUUCUAUUUUAAUAUCAACAAUAAGAUCUCUUUAUAAAGCUUUUAGAGUUUUACUUUGAUU